AGUGCAGUCACGUGAUCAUAAACGUCACCAACGACAUGGCAGCCUACUAUGUUAUAAAUUAACACAAGGUUCAAGCUGCUAAAGGAUCCCGUUUUUGUAACUGGAGGUUUAUAUCUCCAAGGCGAAACCAUCGGUCACCUGAAGUCAACAUGUCUUCCCAAAAGUCAGGUGCAGCCAUGUCUCCAAAGAUCACUGGAGAGAUUCUCAGGCACCUUCGGCAGGCAAUGAGGAGCUGUAAGUACUUUUCUGAGCCUAUACAAGCCUACAUCAUCCCAUCCGGAGAUGCUCACCAGAGUGAAUACAUUGCACCAUGUGACUGCAGACGUGAAUUCAUCUGUGGAUUUAACGGCUCUGCAGGAACAGCCAUCGUCACAGAGCAGCAUGCUGCAAUGUGGACUGACGGGCGAUAUUUCCUCCAGGCCAGCCAGCAGAUGGACAACAACUGGACCCUUAUGAAGAUGGGGCUAAAGGAAACACCAUCUCAGGAGGACUGGCUGGUCAGUGUCCUGCCAGAGAACUCUAAAGUGGGGGUCGAUCCUUGGAUCUUUGCUGCUGAUCAGUGGAAGAACAUGUCCAAGGCGCUGAGCAGUGCAGGCCACUCUCUGGUGGCGGUGCAGGAGAACCUGAUCGAUGUGGUGUGGACCGACCGCCCAGAAAGACCCAGCACACCGCUCCGAGCUUUGGGAGUAGAAUACACUGGCAUGACCUGGCAAGACAAGAUCACCGCACUGCGAGCUAAGAUGACGGAGAGGAAAAUCAGCUGGUUUGUUGCCACGGCACUGGACGAGAUUGCAUGGCUUUUUAACCUUCGAGGUGCUGACAUCGAAUACAAUCCAGUUUUCUUUGCCUAUACCAUUGUGGGGAUGAACACAAUAAGGUUUUUUGUGGACCUAAGGCGUCUUUCUGAUCCCAUUUUGAGAGACCACCUGCAGCUGGACUCCCCCAGCAAGCCUGAGCUGAGCAUUGAGACGUUCCCCUACGAGUCAGUCUACACUGAGCUCCAGGCCACCUGUGCUGCACUCGGCCCCAAGGACAAAGUGUGGAUCUGUGACAAGGCCAGUUGUGCGCUCACACAGGUCAUCCCCAAGGUGAGAGACCAUAGUAAUACUUUGAAGAUGUUUAAUUUGUCUCAUAAAGAGCUCAGUUGUGUCUCCAUUGUGUAUCCUUGGUCCAGAAAUAUCAAGGAUGCAGUUGCCCUCUGUGAGCUCUUUGCUUGGUUGGAAAAGGAGAUUCCAAAAGGCACCGUGACAGAGAUCUCUGCUGCCGAUAAGGCUGAAGAACUACGCAGUCAGCAGAAAGAUUUUGUUGGUCUCAGUUUCCCCACAAUUUCCAGUGUUGGUCCAAAUGGAGCAAUCAUACAUUACAGACCACUGCCUGAAACCAACAGAACCCUCACCACAAAUGAAGUUUACCUGAUCGACUCUGGCGCUCAAUACAUUGAUGGAACCACAGAUGUCACACGCACCAUGCACUUCGGGACACCAUCUGCCUUUGAGAAGGAAUGCUUUACCUAUGUACUGAAGGGACACAUCGCUGUCAGUGCAGCGGUUUUCCCCAAUGGAACAAAAGGCCAUUUGUUGGACUCAUUUGCCCGUGCAGCCCUAUGGGAGUCGGGGCUGGACUACCUUCAUGGUACGGGCCAUGGCGUGGGCUGCUUCCUCAACGUCCACGAGGGGCCCUGUGGCAUCAGCUACAAGACAUUUGCAGAUGAACCUUUGGAGGCUGGCAUGAUCGUCAGUGAUGGUAUGGCAAAGUUUUGAUUACACAAGUGAAUCUUGUUGGUAGAGGGACUCAGUGAUUACAACUACAGAAACAGAGGGAGUCUGACAUUUGAGCCUCUCACUCUGGUUCCUAUUCAAGUGAAGAUGAUGAACACAGAGCUGCUCACCCAGAAGGAGCGGGACUGGGUGAACGAGUAUCACAGGAAGUGUCGGGAGGUGGUGGGAGCGGAGCUGGAGAGGCAGGGCAGGAAGGAGGCACUGGAGUGGCUGAUCAGGGAGACCCAGCCAGUCAUCUGAGGACUGACCUUUUAGCAAUCUAAACCCAUUGCCCAGGAGUACUGAAUGAUUGAUUGCUCUGCAGUGAUAAUCAUUUGUAUCUUUCUUGUCUUUCUCUGUCUCACACUCGGCUUUUUUUUGUAAAGCACAUGGCAGCAUCAGCAUCAGCAGUUUUAUUAAAGAUCACU